CGCCCCCCCCCAUCAUGUGAUGGUCCUGCCCGAGUGAUUUAAGCUGCUGGAGCCGAGUGCUGAGUCAUGCUGGGCUGUGGAGCAGGGGCUCGGGGGUGUCCUGCCUGGUGGGGCUGGGAUCUGCAGCAUGGAGCAAGGACUGGUUGUUACUCAGCUGGAUGUCGAGCCUGGAGAGUGCAUCAAGGUCAAAGGGAAGAUCCUGUCUGAUGCCAAAGGGUUUGCUGUGAAUGUGGGGAAGGACAGCGGCACCCUCGUGCUGCACUUCAACCCUCGCUUCGACUGCCACGGGGAUGUCAACACUGUCGUGUGCAACUCGAAGGAGGACGGCAUGUGGGGCGAGGAGGACAGGAAGGCUGACUUCCCCUUCCAGCACGGUGACAAGAUUGAGAUCUGUAUCUCCUUCGAUGCAACAGAGGUAAAGGUGAAGCUGCCUGAAGCGGAGUUUGAGUUUCCCAAUCGGCUGGGCAUGGAGAAAAUUCAAUACCUGGCUGUGGAGGGUCCCUCAGAAAUUGGCUGGAAAUUGAAGGAUUUACCUCAAGCUAGAGAAGCAAGACUGCAUGCUUCACUCCGUGCCAGGCAUCAAUUGCAGCCAGUUGAACGGGCCAGGUAGCUGUUGCAGGAUCCUUUGACUGUCGAUAGUCUGAAGAGAAAGAAAGAGAAUUCUCCAGAGACCAAUUUGGAGAAGGCACCUGACCCAGGUAUUCUGAACCGACUUUGGGAAGAGUCUCUUCCACCUUCAUCUACAGAGGCUGGCAAACUCACGCAGCACCACCGUCCCCACAGCAGGGGAGAAAGUGGAGUAUUCCAUUUCAGUAUCCCAAUUUGAUGUUUCAUUUAUAAAAAUAGUGCUCCUUUUUAGCUAAAAUGCCCAUCUGCUGAGAACCACUGUCUGUUGCAAGAUGUGUUUUGAAUAAUUUGCUUUGAAUAUGCUAUAAUGCUCAGCCUGUGCUGCAGCUGAAAGGGGAAAUACCCCAGAUCUGAGAUAAGUGAGACAUUGCAUUUUAGGGAAGGGCUACCAAAGAAAAUCACACUCUGUAUCUAGCUUGCAGGUUUUUGCCACUGCAGCCACAUAGUUACGGGUUCAGAUGUGGAAAUCUCACAUAGCUAGACCCCAAAUUCAGAUUUGUUUCAGUAAGCAUAUAAGGACUAGACGAUAUUCCUGUCCCAUGAAAUUAUGCCAUCAUUCUGUGAAAUGAGUUUCCAUUAUGCUACAGUUUUAAGAACACAAGAGAAAAACAAAGUAGGAUAAGGAGCAAUGAAUAGGUCUCCCUUUUUUGCUAAAGGCACUUUGAAAUAAAUCUACUAGGAAAUAAAUCUACUGGCUUGGCCAAUGAUUGGUUACCUUCAAAUACAUGUCAAGAUGUGCUUCUGCCAAACUCAGCAAAUCCUGCAGUUUGAGGAGCAUUUUUUGAAAAAAAGUUGUGCAAAGGCUGUUUCCCUAAUGAUAAAGAAAUAUAGGCUUUAAUUCAUUUUUCACCUGAAGAUCUCAGCUAUUACAAAAACAUAAAUUACUAUCACUUGCCUCAUUAACUCAUGCUUGUGUGUACAGUGGGAGCACACGUAGGACUUUCUUAGCAGGAAUCCCCAAACUUGGUGGACUGCAGAGCCAUGCCAAACAUCUGAAUUUCUUGCAAACCACCAUGAACCCUUAACCUCAAAAUUUUUAGCUGGAAACCCUACAAAAGAAACAGUUUUACACACUAUUUAGUAAAGCCUUAUAUACCACCACCGCAAGGCUGGCCGACUGCCCACCACUUGGAAACACUUGACUUGCAGCGUAAUGCCAGCACACUGAGUGAAAAUUGGUGUCACUGCCUGCAGUACACGUGGGCGAGGGUGGCUGGACUUUGCAGCCCACGCAGCCCAGUGUGCUGCCUCUGAAAUGGGUGCUGAUUUCUGCUGCACACAGGCAGACCCUGCUUAGCUGGGAGGCUCUUCCUAGCCUGAGGGUAGACUGCAGGGCUUUCUUUCUCAGGAAACAGUAAGUGGAAAAGGCAAUGUUGCCCAGUUCCAAAUGAUUCGCAAAAGCCUACCAAUCUGCCAAGUUUUUUUGAUUGGUUUCGGUAUGUGUAAGAUGAAAAGGUAGCUUAAAAAAAAUCUAAAUGAGGACAACUUUCAAAUAACUAAAAGAACUGUGGAAGGUUUUUGUUUGUUUGUUUGUUUGUUUUUAGAAUAAAUUAAAUGUUUUGAUUGGCUGGAAACAGCUCCCCCCAGUUUUCCUGAAAACAUCCCAAAGAAUUAUUCUUGAGUUACCUCCAAAAUACUUUUUCUUCCAAUUUUUUGAUUCCGCUAUUAAGGCAUAAAAAUGAGUUCUCCUGCUUAGGGUUCUCAUGAAAUGCUGUAUAAACCUGAAUAGCAUUUCAAGCUCAGUAGUAGUGAAUAAAAUGUUUGCUGUCACGUCACCUGCUGCUUCAAAAAGCAUUAAAACAUCAAGUAGGUUUUAUUUUGGGUAUUGGAGAAUUGAUGCUUGAUAUGACAAAAGGACGCUGGUAUUUUUUUUCAGCCUGCCAAGCUGCCUGUGGAAGAGCUACGUGAGCUAUUCAAAAAAACAAGUGGGGAUUUAAAACUAGCACUGAAAGCAAUAACUGUUGUAAUAUUCAGUCAUGUUCUGGGCAUGAAAUUCAAAAUGAAUGAUCUUAAAAACCACAUGACUAAAAUCUCUGCUCUGGUCCUGGUGGCAAGAUAGUAUGCAAUGAACAAUGCAACCCCCUGGAGAAAGGUUGAAACUUGAAUUGCUUCCACAGCUGGAAAUCUCUGCAAGGUUAGAAGAGAGAUGACCCAAGUCUGGCUCAUCAAUUGCAAUGGUGAUCUGUUCAGGCAGCUCCUAGCCAUUUCGUUUAAAUGGCAAUGCAGCUCAGUAGAGAGGACAGCAAUGUCCCAGACAGAAAAAGGGAGUUUGCCCCAAUCUGCUUUGCUGUGUGCAGACUGGCAACAAUCAUCUAGCACUUGGUAAAUUGAUACAGCAAAGUUCAGUUGGGCACAUUUAGUUAUUGCAGGUUGGACUGACUAGGAAUAUAGUCCUUAUGAUAGGAUUUCAAGUUAAUGCCUCUUCUGGCUUGUAAAUCAAUUUCUGAUGAAGUAGGUUCAGUAUCUCAAAUGAGAUACUAGUCUAUGAAAAAAGUCCUACUGCACAUCAUCCCUUCACAAAAACAGGCCUGUAAAUAAUGUCAUUAGAGAUCCCUUUCUCAUCUCACAGAAAUGCAAACAGGCUGCAACAGUAACACAGAUCAUGAGUUUGAUUAUUUAAAACAGACUCCUCCCAAACCUCCACAGUGAGUAAAGAGCAAGACUCAUUACUUCAUGCUAACCUGGACUCCUGUGAUGCACGUUUUCUUAAGAGCAUGUUUAAACUCUAGAAUCAUUGGAUCAAAAGAUCCUGAAGAGGAAAGAUUGUAUUUUCCUGGUCAAAAUGUCUUUCAUAAGGACACUUACUGGUAUAUUCAGCAUGUGUUGAAACAGGUUGAAGCUUCUUCUGGUAGCCCUUUAUUAUAUUAAAAAACAACAACAACAAAACCACGAAGAGAUGUUCCAGGCUAAUGCAUGACUAUCUUUGGGGUUCCCUCUUUUUGUUAAUGUUUUCACAAAGUACAAAAUUAAAUGUCUUUUCUACAUACAGAACAAAGUAGAAUCAAGUAACUGAUUAGAGUAUGUACAAAAACUUACACGUUGUCUUGUUCUUUAAAAAAUAUAAAUAUCAUUAAUGUUCAGUAGAAUGGGCUGGUUUUAUUUUUAAGGCUUCAUUCUUUUAGAUCCUUCAUUAUUUAAUGAGGUGCCAGGUAGGCAGGAAAGGGAGGAAAGAAAACAGGUGAUGUUUUUUAUUAAAGGUAACAUGUUUAUUUCUCAUGAGAAUUCCUCUUCUCUGGCAGGAGGAGAUAUAGUUUAGGAGGAGAUACAGUUUAGUUCCCUCCAGACUGAUUUAAGUUUCCAGGAAGCAGUGCUGGAAGGAAAGGAAAAUAAAACCUUUAUUAUUGCUAUUUUUUCCUUCAUUGAAAUCCUGUUUUAAACCUGUCUCUGUUCACUGUCACUGUAGAGAACCAUCUCCAAAGUACUUGGAUUAAAUAGACUCAAGCAGAAAGACUUUUCCCAGGACCACAUGGGAAAGGUUAGAGUGAGGAUGAGACCACUGGAAGCGUUUUACCACCGACCCCGGCGGAGGUAGCAAGUGCUGCAGCUAGGGCAGCUGCUGCCGUUGCAUCCCUGGGUGUGAAGUCUGUGGGGAGGCUUUCCAUCAGGCACUUGAGCUGUUCCUGACCCAGUUUGAUUUUAUCGUCUAGCUCUCGCUGCUCUAUGAGGAGUGCGGACUUCAUCUUUACAAAGUGCUGGUAGUCCUGGAGCUGCUCCUCAGAGAGGUAGUUGCCCAGGAUCUCCAAGACCACCCGUUCUCGACGGUCAAGGUUUUCCUUCAGUUCCCGGGCGUCUUCGUGCUGGCCAGCCAGCAGUUUCCUCUUCUCGUUCAGAGAACUCUGCACAUACCAGAGAGAGCGAUUCAGUAUCAGCAGCACCAAACUCAUUUAUCUCCCCUCUCCUUCCCCCCAGUACUGUGUUUGCCCCCUUUAGGGGAGGAACGAUGGCUGCUAAGCUCCGGGACACAGAGUCAGGAGCCUCUGGAAGGAGGAUGGAUGAAUGGGAAUCCCGCUGAACAGGACUGCAACUGCUCUAGUCAGUGUGGGGCAGAAAGGACCCCAAGAACGUCAAUAAAACUUGCUCAAAAGCAGCAACUACCAGGAAAACCUGGCUUUGUCUUUUACAGCCACCCAAAGAAUGUUAAAAUGUGGCUGCGACUGAGGUAAAAGGCAGUGGGUUGUUCCACAAUACAAACCACUACACAGUCCCUCCUCCACACAGACAUGCUCUGCCAAACACAGCCACUGUUUCGAGGUAAAAGCCAUAGGAUCUGACAUACUUGUACAA